AUGUCUCGUCAAACCCGCCGUUCACGCUACAGCAUGAGUCAACAGCCGUGGGCUGUUGGCACUCUGGGGCAACAAGAGCACGGUAUUAUCCCGGAAGAGUAUGAGUCUAAAAUUGGCGCCAUUUCUCGAAACAUCCGCACCGCACCCACAGCUCUUGGUGAUGUGCCAGUUGUGCGUCGCCGCUCCUCGCUCCUCACUGAAGAUGACCUCUCCACCGUUGUUAGCGACCCCAUGUCCAUGCACGUCCUCGUCGGCCUCUUUGCCCCUGUAAAGUUCAAGGACCUCAAAGCGGCAACCCGCCUCACGAGCCUGUCUCCCGACUUCUUGGCGCGCAAGAAUUUUUCGUUCGUGCUGGCCACGAACGGUUUCGACUCGCGUACUCGUCGGCACAUGAGGCUUGCUUGCGGGGGCCAAUGA